AUCGAGACUGAUCUACGAUCAGAGGGGAAAAGUCGCCGAUCAGUUUUGCGGUGCGUAAAGAAAGCGAGCGGGGAAACCAACGAUGACUAUAGCGUUUAAGAGCUGGAUGGCCAACGAGGGACCCAAACACUUCAUCAUGAUGGUUUGGGUUGGAGUGAAUGUCUUUCUGUUCUGGAGAACCUUCAUGCUGUACUACAGCAGACCGCAGUAUUUUUAUUUACACGAGAUGCUGGGGUUGGGUCUGUGCAUCAGUAGAGCAUCGGCGUCUGUGUUAAACUUAAACUGCAGUCUGGUUCUGCUGCCUAUGUGCAGAUCAGUACUGACGUCACUGCGGGGGUCGCAGCGGGUGACCAGUCGACAGGUUCGCCGGUUGUUGGAUAAGAGUAAAAUUUUUCAUGUGACUUGUGGAAUCACUAUAUGUGUCUUCUCAGUGAUUCAUGUCAGCGCUCACCUCAUGAACAUGGUCAAUUUCUCCAUGAGAUAUUCUGAGGAUUUUCCUGAACUAAAUGUGGCUCAGUACAAAGGACAGGACCCCAGAAUCCUUAUCCUGAGCACAGUUCCUGGAGUUACUGGUGUUCUGUUGGUCAUUGUGUUAUGUCUGAUGUUUACAGCCUCAUCUUACAGCAUUAGAAUGUCGAGCUAUGAGAUAUUCUGGUACACUCACAAUCUCUUCAUUGUGUUUUACCUUAUUCUGAUGCUCCAUGUAGUGGGGGGCACUUUAAAGUAUCAGCUUAAUGUGGAGUCCCACCCACCCGGCUGCAUACACACAAACCUCAGUUCACACUCGCUGACCAAUCACAGAGCAGCAGGAGAAACAGAGUCCAGGGGAGUUUGUCGAGAAGAGGCGCGUUUUCAAACCCAUUUCCCUCAGACAUGGCUGUGGGUCUCGGCUCCUCUCUGUCUGUAUUGUGCCGAGCGGUUGUAUCGCUACAUUAGAAGCACCGCGGAACCUGUUACCAUCAUUUCUGUUGUCAUUCAUCCCUGUGAAGUCUUAGAAGUGCGCAUGCUGAAGAGCGGCUUCAAGCCCCGCCCAGGGCAGUACAUACUGCUGAACUGCCCGAGUGUGUCCUCUUUUGAAAAUCAUCCCUUUACUCUUACAGCGUGUCCAACAGGGAAGAAUGCAACAUUUGGUAUUCAUCUCAGAGUGCUGGGGGACUGGACAUCGCGAUUUUCUCAUCUGCUGCUCACACAGUCAAACAGCUCUGAGAUCCUUCCCAUGAUGCAACAGAGGACAUAUCCUACAGUGCAUGUGGACGGUCCGUUUGGCAGUCCAUCAGAGGAGGUUUUUAAUUAUGAGGUCAGCCUGUGUGUGGCGGGCGGAAUCGGAGUCACACCGUUUGCUUGUGUUCUGCAGGCUCUCUUUGAGGAUUGGCAUCAGUAUAAAUUGAAGAGGUUGUAUUUUGUUUGGGUGUGUAGAGACCUUCAAUCCUUCUACUGGUUUGCUGAUCUUCUGUGUGGCCUUCAUGAGAGGUUGUGGCAUAACAAUCUUCCAGAUUAUUUGAAUGUCCAGCUGUACCUCAGUGAUUCUCAGGGAUUACAGAACAUCGGUGAUGAACGAUACCGUUUCCUGAGCUCAAGGCUUCGGAUUGGCCGACCAAAGUGGAAGCUCCUUUUCCAGGAGAUAGGAAGAGCCAAUCAGCAUAAAAGAGUGGGAGUGUUCUGCUGUGGACCCAAAGGAAUUUCUAAAGCAUUACACACUCUGUGUAAUUCAAACCCACACUCAGGAAUUGCUUUUGAGUUCAACAAAGAAUCAUUCAGCUGAGAGAUCACAAACAAACGAACCAGAAACCAACUAACAAUGCCAAAGAAACCUUUUUCUCUCUGCUGAGAAAUGAAGAUCAGAAGAUGUCUGCAAUUCACAGCAUCAUCAUUAUCUUCAGCUGGUAACCAAGUUGAAAGAUUUGCACAUUGCUGAAGUUGCACAUGUAUUCAGGGAUCAGUUGUUCUACAUGAAUCUACACAACCCUGGAGAGACCUUUAUAUAGAGAGUUUACACCAAAAAAUGAUCAAUCAAAUGACAAAAACAUCUUUAAACAAGAUGAUGAUCAGAAAUGAUGACAGUAUUUACAUUUUGGAUGGAUUUUAGCUCUAUUACCUUAAAGUCCCAAUGAAAUUAAAAAUGUAUUUUUUUUAUCUCUUUAUGAAAUAUUGCAGCGUUUAUAGUAAAUAGCUUAUCAAUUUGGGUCAUCUUCUUUUUAAAUUCCUGCACCCUCAUAAUCUUCAAUUUAAGUAAUUUUCUCCUUUUGAAUAUCCUUUUCACCCGGAAUUGGGUCAAGUACGGAACUAAAAACAUUCGCAACUUCCAGUUCACAGGGACUUUAAUUCAUCCUGUCUGCUGAAUGCAGAAACACCAGAAGGGUUGGAUUGAAGCUUAAGUAAUUCUUUAUUUAUUGGCUGUUUGUACUAUUUCUGUUUUUGCUCUCUUCAUAUUUCAAGUAUUACAAUUUUCACAUUUCAUGCAAUGAUCUAUCCAUAAUACUAGGUAAAACACAACAAUUGUUUACGUUUCGUUUUAAAACAUACUGUAUUAUUAUUCAUAUUUCAUUCUGAAAAAAGAUACAAAAUAUUAACAUUGAGGUCAUUUUGGCUCACGGGUGUCCAAAAUAAACUGCACUGUUUUUUAUUAUCACUGCCAAAGAUUUUAUUUAAUCUUCAUGUUUAAUACUUUUAUAAACAUAUUUUUAAUAUGAUUUGGUGUGUGUUUUGUGCAUAAACUUAACGUUACAGUACGUAUGAUGACGAAACAUAAGAAUGACCAUUGGUUGACUGGAGAUUAGUACAUGACUGAGUUCGAGAUCUCAUAACAUGACUUUGCUCAAAGGUGAGACGUUACUGUGUGUUCAGACCAAACGCGACUUGCGCGAAUAAAUCCGGCUAUUCGCGAUUAGUUGGACGCUUUUACAUAUAUGCGAAUGAACUUAAUUGCAGACGCGAAUUCGCGUCAUGGGAGGGGCUUCCGCCAGGCGGCUCCAGUCUCAUGUAUAUAUAUAUAUAUAUUGCUCAGAUUAUGUUAAAAUCGUUUUUGACAACUUGCCAGAUUCUCAGACCUCCACGCUCACUUUCUUCCAAGCAAGAUCCUUUUUAUUCCUGUUUCUAUUAAAGUAAGAAAAAGAAUCAUACAUCUCCGGGUGUCCACAAACAGCAACGAUUAAUAUGUCCUCAAGUUUCGGAUAUCUGCCUCCGCUCGCUUCGUCGUUUAAUCACCUCACUACUAGAUCAAGCUCCUGAUUAAGGCGGCGCGAAUUUUCGCCAAAAUUCAGAUUUUUCCCCUCGCGCGAACGCCCAAUUCGCGCCGCAAGUAGGUCUAUCGCGUCUUUGCAUUGACUUAACAUGUAAAUCACUCGCGCUUAAAGCGCCAUUCGCGUUUGGUCUGAAAACAGCAUUAGGUGUGUUCGACUUGACGCGGAGCUGCGCAGAUCGAUCGAAAUCUGACUCGAAGCAAAGCAUGCCGGUUAAAAAUUUUGUCCGACUUGAGCAGACGACACGUAACGUUCACGUGGCUUUAAAGUACCGGCGCGGCUCUCACUAAAUCCUUGGUGUUUCGAGUCAGAUGUCAAUUUUAACAAUCAUAGGUAGUUUAGAUGGUUAGAGUUAGGCUUAUGGUGUGGUUUAGGGUAAAAGUUUCGGAAGACUCGAAACCCCAAGAUUAAGUAAGAGCCCAGCCGGCACAGCAUCUCAGGAGCGGAUGCUCCAGGAUGUUAUGACGACAUAGCUUUUCAUGAUUGGCUAGACAACGAUCACGUGCGUUUCGGGUUCAUUAUGACACCCUCAGUUCAACUAAUACCUGAUUAAUGCAUGUUUUUAAAACAGCUAUAACUCUGUUCGUACAAAUGUAAUGUUAUUUGUGUUGUUUAAUAAAAUAAAAAUGAAAUGAA